AACAUUCUUUAUUUCAUUUGGAUUGGGAGAGGCAAAAUCAACAAGGGAUUAGCAAUGGAACUGUCUCUCUCACAUCUCGUCACCGCUUUCUUGAUCAAUGAAAAUACAAAAAAAAAAAAAAUGAAAAUAAAAAUACACCCUAACGUUCCUUUACAAAAUACGGGUUUCUAGAUCGCAGAGACUUCUGUGUGCGCGGCCGAGGUGGGAAGAAAAUUAUGCCUUUCAAUGAAAAAAGAACUCGGCAUCCAUUCUGCAACGCACAGAAGUCUGUUUUAAAUAAAUAAUUUAAAAUACUGCCGUCUCCCCUUUCCUUUUAAAAACACUAAUUCGAUUUAAUAUGACUUGAGCGAGGGGACAAAGGUGGCACCUAAGACUGAUUUAUUUCUAGGUUCCCCAAGUAGAACCGGCGUUUUCAGGCGUUUAACGCGCCUCCAUCACGUGAGAAGAUUCUAAGCGGAACCGGAAGUAAGGGCUUCCAUGGCGUCCCCGGUUUGUUGCGGUUAUUUUUAGAACACUAUUUGGGGGCGGAUCAGGGAUACGGAAGUCUUGGCCAUUUCCUUCCAUGUCCCGGAAACUGAGGCGUUGUGGUUGUUGCCGGCCCUGGAGAGUAAGGAAUAGGCGCGGGGAGCUAUGUCGUGAGGCUCGCUGAGCUGCGCUGACGCCGCUCACAAAAGGCCCUGCCGAGCAGGGUGGUCGUGGCUCCGCUUCCUAUAUGGGCCAUAUUUUUUCGAGGAAAGGCGCUAAUUCGAAGGCGGAGAAAAAUCACUUUCGGCCCCCCCUGAGGGGGAAGGUCCCUUCGCCGCCACGGACCCGGACCUGCUUCCUCCGUGGGCCCUGCAUGCUGUGUUUCCUGGUCCACAGUGCCAGCCCACCCGCCGCGAAGGAGCAGCCGUCGCCUUCAUUCCUCUGCACGGCUGCGAAGCCCCCCGGCAACCGCAACGCUCGCCGCCUCCUGCGCUGGCCUCCCGUGCCCGUCUGGGGAGAGCGGGGUCGCCGGUGUUGCCGCCGCUUGUUCUUCUCUGGCCUGCUCUUUUCGCCGCCGCCGCCGCCGCCGUCGUCAGCGCGCCGGGGCUUCUUCGAGUCUGCGCUGGAGAGCAGCGAAGCUCCCGUGGAGAUGGUCUGCAAGCGCAAAGGAAUCGGGCUACGCGCCUGUCCGCCCCGGAAACAGCCCCGUUGCGCCACCCUCAGGGGAAAUGCGGCGGAGACCGGCGCCCCUUCGCCUCCCUCGACCGACACCGCCGAAUGCCAACAGGUGCUCUUGCCCGAACAGCACCUCUGCCCUCUGCCCCGCGCCAUAGACUGUGUCAGGGAAGCUUCGCCUAAAGACUCGGCCGCCAAGGAUGGGAAGGAGUUAAUCCCUAGUAGCUCUCCUUCGCAGCUGCCGGAGCUCGAUGGGAGAGAGAAGCACGAGACGGGCGAACCCUACUGUGAGGAACCCCCCGAAAACCCUGAGGACUGUUGCCAAGAGCCGCAGCCACCGGUGCCGGAUAUUAACCAGCUGCCUCCCUCCAUACUUCUCAAGAUAUUUUCCAAUUUAUCUUUGAAUGAGCGAUGUCUUUCAGCAUCAUUGGUUUGUAAAUACUGGCGUGACCUCUGUUUAGAUUUCCAAUUUUGGAAACAAUUGGAUCUCAGUAGUCGUCAGCAGGUCACUGAUGAAUUACUGGAAAGAAUUGCAUCACGAAGCCAGAAUAUAACUGAAAUCAACAUUUCUGAUUGUCGUAAUGUGACAGAUACUGGUGUAUGUAUGCUAGCAUCUAAGUGUCCCGGACUUCUAAAAUAUACUGCAUAUCGGUGUAAACAGCUGUCUGAUACAUCUCUAUCUGCUGUUGCCUCACAAUGUCCUCAGCUUCAGAAAGUUCACGUUGGCAACCAAGAUCGUCUUACUGAUGAAGGACUUAAGCAGUUGGGCUCAGAAUGCAGAGAAUUGAAAGACAUUCACUUUGGGCAGUGUUACAAGAUCUCAGAUGAAGGAAUGACCAUUAUAGCUAAAGGGUGCCUGAAGUUACGGAGAAUAUACAUGCAGGAAAACAAAUUAGUAACUGAUCAGUCUGUUAAAGCAUUUGCUGAACAUUGUCCUGAGUUACAGUUUGUUGGGUUUAUGGGCUGUUCUGUUACAUCUAAAGGAGUGAUACAUCUUACCAAUCUAAGAAACCUUUCCAGCUUGGACUUACGUCAUAUCACAGAACUGGAUAAUGAAACUGUGAUGGAAAUAGUAAAAAAAUGCAGAAACCUUACCUCUCUCAAUCUAUGUCUGAAUUGGAUCAUAAAUGACAGAUGUGUGGAGGUCAUUGCUAAAGAAGGACAGAAUUUGAAAGAACUUUAUUUGGUAUCAUGUAAGAUCACAGAUUAUGCACUGAUAGCCAUUGGAAGAUACAGUAUGACAAUAGAAACAGUUGAUGUUGGAUGGUGCAAAGAAAUUACAGAUCAGGGAGCCACCCAGAUUGCCCAGACUAGUAAAUCACUUCGAUACUUGGGACUGAUGAGAUGUGAUAAGGUGAGUGAAGUAACUGUGGAACAACUGGUACAGCAACACCCACAUAUCACCUUCAGUACAGUGCUACAAGAUUGCAAGCGGACCUUGGAACGGGCAUACCAGAUGGGUUGGAUACCCAGUAUGUCCAGUGCCUCUUAACUCAUGCUAUGGCAUUAAAAAAAGAGAUUUAAACUGAACAAUUGAAAAUGGUUAAGGAUUUUUAAUUAAUAUUUCUUGCUUUUUAUUAAAUAUAUGUUUGGUGUAUGUAUAUGCAAGAGAGAGAGAGCAUGAGUGUAUGGCAAAUGUCUAUUCAGUCUUUCAAUGGAAAUAUUUGAAGAAAAAUAUGGUCAGAUAUAAUUAAUUUUUCUGAAAUGUUUAUUUGUCAAUUUAAAAUCUGCAAAUCAAUAAGAUUUUGCAGAAAGCUUGCCCUUUUUUGUAAAUUGAAUGUUUACAUAAACUAGAAUACUGUUUUGAUGUUUUUUCAAGGUAUAUGUUCAUGAUAGAAACAAAUUUUUUAGAGAUGCAUUAUAAGAUUUUUUUGUUUGUUGCUUAAAAGCUUUGGGUUUUAACUUCUCAAGUGGGUUUCUUCUAGCUCUAAGGUUAGUUUCAGCAGUUAUGUUGUAAUGACUUUUUGUUUCAUGCUAUUUCUUUAUUAUUAAUAGUUCAUAGUUCUUUUUAAAUUGUAAAUUGCAACUUCUUUCCCAAACUCCCCUUCAAUUAGAAGUAAUAGAUAAUCCUAAAUUAGAUUAUCAAAAUAUUACUAACCUCUUGUGCAAUUUUGAAAUGCACAUUUAUGAAAAUCUACAAAGGUACAAAAAUAUAAUUUUUUUAUGAUAAAAUUUAUUUUGAAUGGAAUCUUUAAUAAAUGCUGGACCUAAGCAUAAUGGCAAUUUAAGCAGACUAUCUGUCUGGUCUCUAUUGGUUCUACAAAAAUAAUAUUUCUCAGUUGCUUGUGAGUGUAUGUAUUUAAGUGUAUAUUUCUUGAUUACAUUUUUACAUCUUUAACACUUUCCAGUUUUGUACAUCUUCAUUUUAAUGUUAAGCACUUUUUAUUAUUUAGAUAUGUGAAAAGUAGUGUAUCUAAGGAUUCAGGAUUUCUCUCUGUGUAAAGAAACCUCAGACUUGCAUUUCCUGUAUGCUUCUGUAGCAUCUCAGGGGAGAAGGAAAGAAACAUCUGCCUCCACUUAUAAUUUCCUGUUAUAUCUAAAUCUGGAGUAUUGUAGUUAAUUGAAAGUAUGGUUAAUUCAAACAAGUCAGAAUCAAACUAUUGUAUCUGUAGCCUAUUUCUUUAAAUAUAAUUUAAACAUAGGUAUUUGGAGAUGUAUUUUUCCAAAAAAAUGUUCAUAGUUUAUUUCAAACUAGAAAUGUAUUGUUUUGUUCUCUUUCUAUGAUGCCCAACUGCUCUGUGAUUUAAAUCUGAUGUUCAUAAUGCAUUUUUAUAAAGCAUUUUCUCAUCCAUGCCAAUAUGGUAACUUUUUCAAAAUACAUGGAAAUUCCUGUAGGACAUAUACAAAUUUAUUCAUGGGCCUUGGUUUUGAGUAAAAAUGUUUGCAUGUGUUAACUACUUAUCCAAACAAAUUAGGCCAUGCUCUAAAUAUCUUUAUGCUGUCAUUCACUCAGGUUUACAACUAUAAUGACAAGUUAUAAUGAGAUAUGUAAUCUCAGAUGGAAUCUUAACAACUUUAAAAAAUGACAGCAUAUAAAACUACUUGCUCAAAAUAAUCUUUGUAUGACCGUGUAUUUGCAUUCAUGUUAACCAUAAAGCAUCAUACUGAUGUAAAUAAUCCCUUAGUAAGAGGUUUAUUAUUCCACCAUGUUAUAUAAUCCUAGGAAUAAAUUUUAUGGAAUUCACUCUGGCCAGAUGCGUAUAGAAUGACAUUGUUAUUCUUCAUUCAACAUAGAAUAUCAAAUGCUGCAGUAAGGUAAAGAGAAGAUUUUGGUAACAUUAAAUACUUGGUACUGACUGUUGUAAAAUAUUUUUUGAUGAGAAACUUUUAUCUAGAAUCAGAAUUUCAUUUUACUGAGGCAUACUAGUUAUUUAUUUAUCAAAUUUCUAUACUGUUCAUUUCACAUGUGUGACUCUGGGCGGUUUACAAACAAUCUAAUAAAACAAUAUAAAAUAUGACUAAAAGCAAAGUUAAAAACAAAAUUAAAAACAAAGUUAAAAUUUACAAGUUAAAAGUGAAAAUUAAAGUUUAAAAAUUCAUGAGGCUAAAGGUUAACUAGACUGAGGGAGAGCCCUCAAGCCACCAGUCAUUCCCAGGGUUGCAUAAUAAUCUCAGAUCCUCAUGCUAAGAGGCACAGCUAAGAAAACCAGAACUGUGGGGGCUUGCCUCAGCUAAAUGUUCCAAAAAGCAGGGGAAAUAGCAAAAAAGGCUAUCUUCCUAGAUCUUGCCAGUGAAAAUUCUUUAACUGACAGGAUUCACAGCAUGCCCUCCCUGUUUGACCAGCUGGAAUGGGCUGAUAUAAUUGGAACAAGAAGGCACCUUAGAUACCCUGGUCCCAUGCCAUUAAGGACUUUAAAGGUAAUAACCAACACCUUGAAUUGGACCCAGAAACCAAUUGACACUCAGCACAGCUCACAGAGCAGAGGUACUGCAUGUGCCACACUAGCCCAGAACUGCUUAUAUCGCUACAUUCUGCACCAGUUGCAACUUCCAGAUAGUCUUCAAGAGUAGUCUCAUGUAGAGCGCAUUGCAGCAGUCCAUCUGGAAGAUGACUAGGGCAUGAGUGAUUGAAGGGCUUCUUGUUCCAGGAAAGGCAGUUAACUGGGUGCACACCCAAUCUUUAGCAAAGGCUCUCCUAUUCUUGAGGAACCAAAUGCUUCCCUAUCAUUUAUAAUUAUAUUGGAUAAUUUUCAUAUUUUUAUUGCAUCUGAUAGUAUCAGCAUUCAUUUAUUAUUAUGUGAAUUCCUCUGACUCCCCAAAUAGAUUAACUGAAUAUAGACAGAAAAUCACUAGAAUAUAUAUAUGAGAAGGUUAUUUUUAUGUAUAUUAGACUGCUAUGAAUGGUUACAUUUCAGGAUAAUUAACAAAGACACACUGAAAACAGAAUAGUAGAUAACUUUUAGAAUGUCACAAAUUAAUAAAGAAUUUUUUUAGAUGUAACACUGAAUUUGUUUUUUAAAGGUUAACGCAUUUUAAUCCAUAAUAUCAAAUGUUCACAAUUGACUUGAAAGUUAAAGUUUCUCAAAAUGUCUGGCUAAACUAGAAGACUUCAGGCAAAAUAAUUUGGAAAACAGCAUUUAUAUUUUUGGUCUUGUUUCUUUUUUAGAGACUCUGAAUUGUAAUAAAUCCCACUAAUACAAUUUUUUCAAAGAAAGUAUUCCAUUUUCCUUCUUUGAUGCAAGUACUAAAAGGAGAUAAAAAAUAGUAACUAUUAUAAUAUUUACUUUGAAAAUUACUUAAUGAUAAGUAAUAGUUUUGUAAGAUUUUAUCCAAUAUAAUAUAUGUAGAAAAGAUUUAAAGAGUAUAUAAUUCAGUAGCAAUUAUAUAAGAGAUCACUAAAAUUGAAAUCAGUUGUGAAUGUACCUAUACAAUGACCUAUAAAAGUUUUCAACGAACACUUAUCAAAGUAGAAUCAUGAAAGUGAGAUUUUUGCAACUGUAAAAACUUUGCACUGAUAAUAAAAUAUGCUAGUGUAGCUUUAGCUUUAUAACAGAAUCUGAAAUAAAAAUUGUGCCCUAACAGAAAUAUUUAUAUGCAAAUUUUACAUAGUAGGUAUGAUUAGUGGAAAGGAAAAUGUCUGUCAGAAUUAAGACAUUUAUUUAAACCUAUAAUCUUCCCUACUGUAACAAUCAUCUAGUCCUAUAUCAUUUCUCUGUAUCAGAGUUUCACACUGAGAAUUGGCAUGGGUCUAACAACUAGGUGUAGGCUGAGUAAGAAACAUAUGGAUCAAUAAAUGCUCCCUAUUCUUACCAUUCAUUCAAAACAGUGUCAGAAUACCAUCUAAUGACUAAUCCAGCUUUGACUCAUGCUUUGAAAUAAUAGCUUCAGCUGAAGAUGUUUAUAGCCACAAAUGUCACAUAUGUUAAACAAUUUGAGUGCAAUCCAAAUAACAUCUAUAAUCCUCAAACUCGCACACUGUAUGUCUGCUCUUGUGGAAUAGGAUAAACUUAGACAAGUCAAUGAUCUGGAUUUUUUGUUAAAAAAUCAGGACAGCAAUGUUGGCGUGGUUUGAUGCUGGAAUCUUGAACUGAAAAGUAGCUGUUUUAGAAUUAAAGUGGAAAAACAAAUCAUUGAUAGAGCAAUGUAAUGCAAAAUAUUCUGUAGCCAUCUAUGUAUUAAAAGUUUAUUAAAGGCAUCUUUAAAGAGUGUA